AUGGGAAACACAACUUCUAAUCAUCCUCAAAUAACAGAAGUCUUGACAGAAUACCAUUUUUAACACAAGAAUUGUCUUAUUACCUCUCAUUCUUCAUAAAGAAAAAUUUUAAAAGCUGCUUCAAAACGAAAUGAAAUGCCCCAUAAAAGUAAUCGUCGAUUUGCUCCCAAUAUUGUCAAAUCCUUGGAGUUUAAGAGCGAAGGUAAUCAAUAUAUACAGAUGAAACAAUAUAAAAAAGCUAUUGAAUCCUAUACAAAAGCUAUUGUAAGUUUUGCUAUCUAACUAGAAUCUCUAUGAUAAUGAUUCAAUCUAUUUCUCAAAUCGUUCAGUGGCUAAUAAACUUCUCAAUAGAUUCUAGGAAGCCAAACAAGAUGCUUAAUAAGCUAUAAAAAUAGAUUAGUAAAAUUCAAGAGCUCAUUUCCUGUAUGGAACUGUUAUUUUGAUUGAAGUCCAAAUGUUUCCUGACAUUAAUGAGGCUCUUAUAAAGUAAGCAUAAUUGGGGAUUGAAGAACUUGAAAAAGGUAAUAUAAACUUUAUAUUUUAUAGCUUCUGUAUAGGUUAAAUAAAAUAAAAAUGAAUAAAAAAAUAAAUUAAAGGUCUUGAUUAAUUAAAAUUUGGCUAAGGGAAAAAGAAUGAUAUUUUUAAUAAGAUAAGAAAUAGAUAAGAGAAGUACUUUUUAUAAUCAUAUCUAAUUAGAUAUCUAAUCUCUAAAAUAAACUCUAAAUGAUAUUUCUCAUAGAUAACAUCAUAACUUCGAUUGGAAUUAAAUAGAACAGAUAAUCCAUAAGAAAAUGGAAAUUAUUUUACCAGAAUGCUUUGUAUGUCCAAUCACAUAUGAAAUAAUGGAUGAACCAACACUUCUCAAUUCAGGGUUAACAUAUGAUAAACUUAGUAUUUAGUAGCAAUUUAAGUUAAAUGGAUAUUUGGAUCCUUUGACAAGAGAAAAUAUUGAUCCUAUGGGCUUAAUUCAAAAUAUCUAAUUAUAAUAAGGAAUAUAAGAAAUCUAAUAGCAAUAUGGAUGGGUAGGGAUAGAAAAUGAGAAAGAUUACAAGGCAAUUAAAUUUGAAUGA